GCGCGCGCAGUCUCUUGCCGCCAGCCGUCCCGUGCGCCCGCGCCGUCGAGCGCACAUACGCGCCAAAUUCAAACCCAAGGACCAACGAACUUAACCCCCCGAAACACCCUCAAGUGUGCUUCUAUGCCCCCAAAAGUGAUCCAAUCAGUGUUGUGUGCCAAUAUAGUGUUGACAAAAUCCCUCUAGUCGCGACUACGGGAGCGACUUUCACUUACAACAAAACAGUUUUUGCAAGCGCCUAAUCCCGUUUGAGACGGCAGUGGGUGGCGAGAUGGUGUCACGACGUCGAAUACUUUCGCGUUCCCGCGACGACCUUACACAGGCGUUCGCAGCGCCCGUAGAAGAAGAGGAGGAUGUAUGGUAUCAAAAGGAUAAACUCUAUAAGGAACACAUACAGGAAGUAUUGGAUAAAUGGACACAGAUAGAUGACGAGAUAUGGGCGAAGGUGAUAGUGUUCGAGAGGAACAGACGCGUUGCCAAAGCGUAUGCGCGUGCGCCCGUGCUCACUAUCAACGGCUCGGACGACGGAUUUGACGGCAUGAGAAUCGGUCUUUGCGGAUUUGAUAACCCACACAGAGAUCAGAAAACAGAAGAAGUUAGAAGACACAUAGGACAGGGUGUCAAAAUUAAAAUGGACGACGCCGGUAAUAUACUCAUCAGACGCUAUUCCAAGAGUAGUGUGUUUGUGAAGAGUACGGCAGCCAACAGCAACGAAGAGACGGCUAUUGGGCAAGAUAUAGUCAAGCUACCUGGAUAUGCAUUGGAACAAGAGAAAAUAUUUAAGUUAUUUGAUAUGAAGAAGUUCCAAUCAAACGUUAACCGUGAGCUGCGCCGUUCGUAUCCUGAUCGCAGACGACUGGAGACACAGUGCCUCAGUGCUAUCGCCUUCGUCAAGUCGGACUCCGAUCUUCUCGAUUGCCCCAUCUGGGUGCUCAUCAUCAACGUCGUUGCUAUGGAUAUGCUCAAGUCCAAGCUGCCACCGGUUCAAAGACUGAUGGACAUCAAGAACCGACCUCGCAUCCCAAUCCCAGAUGAAGACCCAUACAGCAUCGCCAGUUCCAACGCCAACGGAUCAGGAUCCAGCGGCAGUUCAGGAGGAUAUGGCCACAAUGGCCACAAUGGACACAAUAACAAUGGACAUGGAGUCGUCGCUGCUACCAGAGAACAGCUCAUGAUGCAAAUGGGACAGAGGAGAGGUGAAAAGCCUCCGAAACUGCCGCCCAGAGAGAAUGGGUACGGUCCAGCUGAUAUUCCCAAGGUACGUGGAUACAAACCUGAUUACGAUGACAUUGAAGGAAAUGACGGACGCGUGCCAACACAGUUCCCAAGAGGCAAAUCAGAUAAAGGCAAAGACAAUAAGAAAUACGAUGAUCCUUACUACUGCGGUCUGCGAGCGCGUGUGCCUAACUUCGUGAAGACCAAUGGCGCUAAAGUUCUACCAACCAUGACUGAACGUCUGACUUUGAAGGAGGCUCCGGUGCCCAGCAAGCGUUACAGCGUGGCCCACGCCCACCCUGGACCAUUCCCGCCCCACAUGGCUCCAUUUGCACACGCUCCAAUGCCACCACAGGCUUUGUGGCACGCUCGUUCUUACGAGAGCGGAAUCGACGGAGAGCAGCACUAUGAUCCCUAUGCGCUGUACGGUCGCCUGCCCAUGCCUGGACGCGGCUUCCCCCCACCACCCGCCCCCCACGCGCGUCACAUGUUCAUUGGAGAGUGGGACUAGAGUGCGAAUCACCUGACACCUGGCAACUAAGCGUAGAAUACUGUGUAGAACAAGGGUACUGUCAAAUUGACAUCAACAACACAUUCUGUGAACGUUGAUGACUAUCAUUUCAAAGGCCUUGUCACCAAAGAUUGAAAGGUUUCUUUCAAUUUGGUGCAUGAAUAUAAGCACUAAUCAAUUAUCGAUUCGACAGUAUUCUUGAAACGUACGUUAUAUUGUAAAUAUUGAAAGAUUUGUAAAAUAAAAUGGAUUUUGAAAUGUGUUUUAUGAUUGAUGAUACAUUUAUUUACUUUUUGUUAGGGAAAGCAAAUGAUUUGCUUUUCGAUAAUAUCGAGAUUUUUUUGUAUGCAUCACAUGUAACUCUGUAAACAACAUUUAAUUAAGUAAUAGAAUUAAGAUAUUAUCUAGCAACUUUACCAUCAUAUUAUAGUAGUAACGUAUUUAACUGAAUAUUGUAAAAACUUAGGUUAAAUAAAAUAAAACAAUAAGUUAACUAUCACUGCCAAUAUUUAACGAUUUGCGUGUUCAACGUCAUCACAUUAUUUUGUCUUGUCGUUAAAAUAUUACUUUUUUCUUUAUAUUAAUUAAGUGGCAAUCCUAGUCAAAACAGGGUUGGGAAUUUUAAAUCGAUUAGGGAAUUUGAAAUGUUUUUUUGUUAUUCUAUUUAUAAACUUCAGGAAUGUAAAGAACUUUUUUAAAAAAACAAUCCACGAUAAUAUAGUGUCGUGAUUUAAAUACGAGUAGAAAACUUCUGACAAUAUCUUUUUUAUCAAGAGCUAACGAGUUUUUAUGAUCUUUUUAAUUUCAAAGCAUCACGUAUUGUUAAUAUUUUUGUUAAAGGUGUGUAAAUUGCAUAAUUAUUAUUGGAUUUGAAAUAAUAUACUAGGAAUAAGUUAGGAAUUCAAUUUUAGUUUUAAUCAAAUACUAUUGUAAAUAAAUAUUUCACUUCUACUCAGUUAUGAUAACUUUUAUAUAAUUCAUAUAAUAUUUCCUGAUAUAUUUUCUACAAUACUCAAUUAUUAUAAUAAACAUAAUUACUAUUAUGUUAGUAGCUAGUUGUGUACAACCAUGUUGACAAUUUAAAUGUAAUUUAUCGUCACAAUUUUAUAUUUAAGGUUUUAAUACUUUUGUAUAUUUAGAUAUGUUUUGUAUAUGCAGGACAUUUAAGAUUUCAUACCACAAUAUCCCAAUAAAUAUAAAAUCAGGGUUUAAAUAAUAAAAGAUGGCGACUUGACAGCUGCUGUCAAACCGCCAUAUUUAUUUACAAAAGAUAACAAAAUGGUCGACAAUUUGAAAAACGAUAUUUUGUGAUCAUUUUAAUCAGAUAAAUGGAACAGAGUUUUGCUGUUCAUAAUGUUUACUUAUAAAAUCUCAAUUUAAAAUAGUAUCCUUGAAGUACCUAACUAUGGCUUAGACAAGCCUAGGUCUUAUAGGGUCCUAUUUUAUAUGCUUGUAAAACUGAUAUGUAGCUACAAAAUCAGAGGUGCUGCACAGGUUACCAAUAAAAUAUUGUAUCUUAUGCAUUAUUCUAGAUAAUUAUAAUGAUACUUUUAUAUGAGAGAAAGCACAUCAAAAUGUAUAAGUAUUUUUCCAAAUCAAAGAUGGUGAUACAGGAAAAUUGAUUACGAUAAGUGAAGUAAAAGUAAAUGUAUUAAGGAAAGAAAUGAAUAGAUUUUCCAGUUUAAACUGAACUGCACAUUGCACCGAAGUCUUAAAAAUGCGAGGUCAGAUUAUACUGGAAAAGUAUGGAGGUAUUGCUAAGAUUUUGCAUCAAGAACGUACUGGCAUUUGCAAUAAAUUUGUAUAGCAUUUUUUUUUAAAUAUACACCCAUUGGUGUUCUUGGAGUCCUGUCGCUCUGGCACAAUGUAAAUGUACUGCUGUUUUUACGAAUUUUAGUAAUAAAACAUCAACAUCCACUUGUAUUAUGUUGUGUUGGGUGUUGGUUAUCGAGUAACCUAUUAUAGGAAGACCGUUUAUGAGUAAAUAUACAAUUAUUUUAAUAAA